CUUCCCACGGAUGCGAAUCGUGAUUCGUGACUUUCGUUUUUCAAGAAGAUUUAUGAAAAUUAAUAUUUACUAACUUCUAUAAAGUGUGUUUUCCAAAUUUUAAACAAUGCCUAAAGUUUCAGUCAAAGUCAAAUGGGGCAAAGAGAUGUACCCAGGCGUGGAGGUAAACACAGACGAGGAUCCGGUGUUGUUCAAGGCACAGAUCUUCGCGCUGACAGGAGUGCAACCGGAGAGGCAGAAGGUCGUGUGCAAGGGCGUCACGCUCAGAGACGACGCCUGGGGCAAUUUCAAACUGACUAAUAAUGCGCUUGUCCUGGUGAUGGGCAGCAAGGAAGAGGAUGUCCCGGCCGUCCCCGUGGAACCAACACGAUUUGUGGAGGACAUGAAUGAGGCAGAGCUUGCUACAGCUCUGGAUCUCCCAGAGGGUUUGAUCAACCUGGGCAACACCUGCUACAUGAAUGCCACUGUUCAGUGCCUCAAGACUGUGCCUGAGCUAAAGAAUGCUCUGCUCAACUAUGAUAAAUCAUCCGGCGGCGGUAACGCGGGCGAGCUGACAGUCGCGCUCAGCGAGACCAUGUCGGCGCUCGAAGGCGGCGGCGCCGGCGCCUGCGCGGGGGCGGCAGCGCGGUUGCUUCGCGCGCUUCACUCCACUGCGCCGCGCUUCGCCGAGCGCGGGCCCGGCGGCGGCCUGGCGCAGCAGGACGCGUCCGAGUGCUGGGCCGAGAUCGUGCGAGCGUUGCAGCAGCGCUUACCCGCGCCGCCCGGCGUGCCCGCCGACCGGUGAGUGACGUCACAGCGCAGAUCGAACGUGAUCGAGCAAUACUUCGGCGGGACCCUGGACGUGGAGCUGGUGUGCUCGGAGGCCGAGGAGCCGCCCACGCGCAGCAGCGAGUCCUUCCUGCAGCUGUCCUGCUUCAUCUCGCAGGACGUCAAGUACCUGCAGUCGGGGCUGCGAUCGAAAAUGUCAGAACAAAUCACAAAAAUGUCACAAACAUUGGGAAGGGAUGCUGUUUACACUAAAACGAGUAAAAUCAGCCGUCUCCCCGCGUAUUUAACGGUGCAAUUCGUGCGGUUCUACUACAAGGAGAAGGAGGCUAUCAACGCGAAGAUUCUCAAGGAUGUCAAAUUCCCUCUGGACCUAGACGUUUUCGAGCUCUGCUCACCAGAACUGCAAGAAAGGCUAGCGCCCAUGAGGGCGAAGUUCAAGGAAGUAGACGAUGCGAACGUUGAGUCGUCUCUCACUGCCAAAAACAAACCCCAUGGAGACAGCAAAAAAGAAUCGAAAAAUAAACGAGUUAUGCCUUAUUGGUUCGAAAAUGAUGUAGGCAGCAAUAACAGCGGUUUCUACCGCCUCCAAGCGGUGCUAACACACCGCGGGCGGUCGUCGUCGUCCGGGCAUUACGUGGCGUGGGUCGCGCGCGCCGGCGGAUGGCUGCGAUGCGACGACGAUGCGGUCACACCCGUGCCUGAAGAAGAGGUGCUUAAGCUCAGUGGAGGAGGUCAGUAG